AUGAAACAAAAAGAAUAUUAUUAUUUUUCUUCAUCUCCAUCAUCAUCAUCAUCAUCAUCAUAUAUUCAAGUUAGAAAUAAUAAUAAUAAUAUGUUAAAUUCAAAAUCAAAACAAUCAUCAUUUUUUCAUUUUAUAUCAAUUUAUUUCUAUUUAAUUCUAUUUAUUAUUAUAUUUCUUAUUAGUUUUUUUAUUUUCUUUCAUACAAAAACGUCUCAUAUAUCUUUAAAUCAUCGUUUAAAAAGACAGAUUUCAAAUAUUAAUGAUAAACAACAUGAUAUUGAUAUGUUACGUCGAUUAUUAAAUCGAACAAGUUCAUCUGUAUUAUCUGAUUGUACAAUAAAUAUGGCAUCAGAUGGAAUUUAUCCAAUACCAUUAGAAAAUGCUGUAUCAUUACCUAUUAUUCGUUUAAUUGAAAAAUCUUUUGAAAGUGAACUUACUUCACUAAAACUAUUAGCAGGACAGAUUCGUAUGAAAAUAAAUCAAACAGCAAAUUAUUUUGCUGAUCAUACAUUAGAAAAAUUUGGUCAUAAAUUUAGUAUUUAUAUGCGGGUAUUAUUAAUUAGUUAUAUACGUAUUAAUGAAAUUGAUAUAAGAACAUUAACAAAUGAUAAUGGUGGCUCAGAUGUAAUUAAAUAUUCUCGUAUAAAUAAAUCAAUAUCAGAUAUAAUUGAUAUUGAUGCAAUUAGUGAGAAUAUAGUUAAACAAGAUAUUAUUUUACAAAGUUUUACAAUGUCAAAUGUACGUGAAACAUUUAAACAAGAUGCAAAAAGAAUUUCAUCCACAAAUGGUUGGUGGCUUGGACCAGUUUUAUGUGAGAAAAAUCAAAAUGAAGCUUUUAUUAUUGCUAAUAUACUUUCAUUAACAAAUGAUUAUUUUCUUAUUUCUUAUUUUAAUAUAUCAACUGUUGAUAUAAAUCAAUGUGACAAUAAUGAUUUACCAUUUAGUGGAACACAUAAAUGUCCACAUGAUAUGCAGUGUAUUCAUCAAGAUGGUCAAGGUUUUAAAUUAGGUGCCUAUAAAUGCUUGUGUAAAGGUCCAUAUGAUAAUAUGACAACGACAAUUUAUGGUAAAGAUUUAGAAUGGAAUGAUACAGUUAAAGAUGAUCCAACAUUUCAACCAAAUAGUCGAUGUCAAUGUAAUCCACAAUUAUGUUUAGUUACAUAUAAUAAUGUUUUACGUACAAUAAUCAUAAUUAUUCAAUCAAUAUUUAUUGUUUUUGUUGCUCUACUAGCUGCUAUUGUAUUUCAAAAACGUAAAAUCAAAAUAAUUAAACAUUCAAUGUGGAUUUUACUUGAAUUAGUUCUUUUUGGAGGUGCAUUACUUUAUGCAUCGGUUAUUGUUGAUAGUCUAGGUCCACAUGGAAUUGUUUGUUUAAUAAUGCCUUGGCUUCGUGAACUUGGCUUUACAAUUGUUUAUGGUACAUUAAUUUUACGUAUUUAUAAAAUGUUAGCAGAAUUUCAAUCACGUAAAGCACAUUGUGUGCAAGUUAAAGAAAAAGAUAUUUUACGUAUAUUAUUUUUUAUAUCAAUAUCAAUUAUUGGUUAUUUACUGGGUUGGACAUUUGUUAAUAUCGAUCAUGCAAAUGAAAAUCUUCCACUUAAUCAAUAUUUAUUAGGACAUGGUUUUACAUUUCGAAGAAAAAGUUAUUUUCAAACAUGUCGACCACGUUCAUGGGAUUAUCUUAUUCAAAUGGCUGAAUUUAUUUUUCUGUGCGUGGGAAUUCGUUUUAUCUAUAGUACACGAACAGCUCCAUGUGAAUAUCAUGAACGUAAAUUAAUUACAAUUGUUGUUGUUUGUGAAAUGCUUUUUUCAACAUUACUUCAUGUUAUUAAAGAUUGUUUAUGGGCAUCAAUUGAUCCCGAUACAUUUCUUAUAUUAUCAUUUUUUCGAUGUCAUUUUACAGUAACAUGUAUGAUCGUGUUUAUAUUUUGUACAAAAUUAUGUUUUAUGUUUCGACCAAUUAAUGAAGAAUAUACUACUCGAGAUCGAUUUCGUUCAUUACCUGAUGGUGUUGAACCAGGUGAAUUAGUUGCCAAAUUACAAUCGAAUGGUGAUAUUGAAUUUGGUGAAUUAAAUAUACGAGAUAUGGAUUCCGAAGAAAUUCGAGCGGAAUUAAAACGUUUAUAUACAUCUUUGCAUGUAUUAAAAACGAAAACAAUGCGUAAAGAUAAUCCACAUUUAACAAAACGUCAUGGGCAACGACGUAAAAAUCGUCGAUUUUCCAUGCAAGCAUUUCGACCACAUGGUGGAGCAAGUACAAGUGGUGUUGGAGGAACAAUAAGUAAUAUUUUAGGAGGUGCAACAGAUAAACAUGAACUUGAUCCAACUAAAACACCUGAAGAUAGUACAGGUAGUCAUAAUGAAACUACACAUCUUGGUACAAUGAGUAUAUAUCGUACUAGUAUAGAUGAUGGUGAUGAAGUUCGUGGUAGAGCAUUUUCCGAUGCUGCAGUGCCUUCAACAGGAAUUGGUCAACGAGUUACAUUUAAAUAA